AUGGAUGCUUCGGAGAAGGCAUUUGCUGCUGUAUCAUAUUGGCGCUUCGAGCAUAAUGCAGCAGUCGAAGUUGCAAUUGCCAUGGCUAAGGCGAAGGUUGCUCCGGUUAAAAGACUGUCAGUACCUCGCUUAGAGUUACAGGCGGCUGUGCUUGGGGUGCGGAUUGCGGAAACUGUGAGAAGUUCUCACUCAAUUCGAGCUGAUGACAUCAUCUUUAUCUCCGAUUCUAAGACGGUGCUCUCAUGGAUUAGUUCUUCCACCUUCAAAUUCCCAAGUUUCGUUGCUGUUCGUGUUGGAGAAAUUUUAGAAACUACUAAUCCGCAUCAGUGGUGGUUCUUAAGAUCUGCGGAUAAUGUUGCGGAUGACGGAACCAGAUGGUGCGACAAUGCAGAAAGCUCUAAUAACUCGAGAUGGUUUGCAGGACCCGAAUUUUUGAAGCUUCCCCAAGUUGAUUGGCCAGUUACGCCAGGGAAAGUUAUCGCUAAUGCAAAUAAGGUAAGCACAAUUGAUUUAUCUAAAUUCCCAGUAAAUUUGCAUAGACAUCAACCAAUAUCAUUUAAAAUAUUUGAUGAGUUAAAACCAAGAUUUCGAGCUAGAUGGUUUUCGGCAGUCAGAGUAGUGGCACUAUUACUUCGUUUUAAAGACUUGUUGAGUAAAAAGGGAAUUGAAACAGAGCCUUUCGCAACACCUUCAGAAAUUGUAAGAGCUCAGGACUGGUUAUUUCGGAAAAUCCAGCAAGAUGCCUUUUCGGAUGAAAUUACUUGUCUGCAAGCUAAUCGAAGUUUUAGGGACCACGAGUACCUUAUUGAAUCUGUGUCCGUUUAUCGAUGA